UUUAGUGAAACCUAUAAGGUUGUGAUACAAUUUUUUUAUUGAUGUAGUGAUAUAAAUAUGUAAAAGUAUAUAGACUGUUCCGCUGUGGUUAGAAACGUCAUCAGACAUCACGGAAGAGAAGUAGAGCUUCCUUAACUGACAUGCCAAAGCGAAAACAUCCCUUUUCUGUUUGUUUCAAUGGCGUUGCGGCUCCUGUCAUAUGCUUUUCUUAUACACAACACAGGCUCCAGUGCUGAGGACACUGUGUUUGUGCAGACAGGAGCUUCUGCUCAACUGGAUAUACAGAGAGAGAAACUACCUGCUGAGUUUAAUGAGUUCAACUGGAUAAAUGAAAAUAUAAAAGAAAAAGAUAUUAUAGUCAUAUACACAAGUGCAACUAAACAAGCACAACCUCACCCUUCCUACAAGGACAGAAUGGAUUUUAAUAAUGAAACCUUCUCUCUAACACUGAAGAACAUGCAGAAGAAUGACAGUGGAGUUUAUACUGCAAUAACAAGGAACUUUAAAGAAAAGGUUAUUGCUAAACACAGAGUAUCUGUCAUAGAUGCAGUGAAAGCUCCUGUCCUGACUGUAAACUCAAUCUGGUCCAGCGCACAACCCUGUAACUUUACAUGUACAGCAGAUAAUCUCACAAUCAUCAACUAUUACAACAGCAGCUGUUCUGAGGACGUCAAAUCAUCUGGAAUCUACAAUCUAAGUCUGAAAUGCACUGAUGACUUCAUCAUUUGUAACCACAGCAACCGUGUCAGCUGGAAGAACGACACAAAUACUCUUCAACAACUCUGCGAUGUUAAUUUAGAGAAAAUAACCUCUGGUGCAUCUGUACUUCUCCAUUGGUUAAUUCCUCUUAUUUGUAUAUCAUUGGGUUUGUUAGGAGUGGUUGGCUUUUGUUUCUACAAGAAUAAAAAAGUGUGUCUUUUAAAUGCCCAGCAUCGUGAAAGCACAGUCUACGCAGAGGUUGAGGAGUACAAAUUACAAAACUCGCUGGAGAUGAAGGGAUCAGCAAAUGCUCAUACCAUGUACGAACCUGCAGAAAAGGAACCUGAUGUUAUCAUGGCAACCAGCCAGACCACACCUGAUCCUGACUCUACAAAUCAAAAUCCACCAGCAACAAAGAGCAAAACAUAUAAUCCAGUCACUGUCUACAGCACCGUUGAACGGCAUCCAAUACCACCGACAUCUGAAAGUGAUAAAACUAUUUAUGCUGUGGUAAAAAGACCCUUAGCUGGGUGUGAAUCUGUGAAUUAACAAUAAAAUGCAUAUGAUCAAUAGAUUAAAGAGAUCACCCAAAAAGGUAAAUGUUUUACUUUAUAAUACUUUACUCACCCUCAUGUCAUUCCAAACUUUUAUUUCCAUGUUUCUACUGCAAAACAACAAUUAUUUAUGAAUUUUAAAGAAUGUUGGUAACCAAAUAACAUGGGCACAUUGACUUCUAUUGUAUGGACACAAAACCACUGAGACAUUUCUCAAAAUAUCUUCUUUCUGUAUGUGUUCCAAAGAUGAAAGAUACAGGUUUUUAAUGACAUGUGCGUGAAUAAAUGAAGACAGAAAUAUUAUUUGUUCUGUCCCUUUAAGAGUACACCCAGAACCUCUGCAAAAGGAAGUGUUGCUUGUUUUUUUUUUAUUAUAAAUGAAGAACAAUUUGAAAAGUAUUAUACAAAUAAGAGUACAGGGGUCUCAAAAAAGACAAAAAAUAAAAUAAAAUAAAAACAUAAACUGAAAUGCCUUUUACAUAAAAAGCUUGUCUUUAUUAAAUAGCUUUAUAGUUUUUCUUGCUUUUAAAUUUUUACUUGUUCGCAUUGUUUCCAAAUAUGCUUUAACUUCAUUUUUAAAAUGCUCAAAGUUGGGUAUCUUUUCACACCAUUUAACUUUAUGAAUAUGAAACUGGGCAUUUACAGGAAGUAUUGCUUGUUUGAAUGUACAUGCAGUGAAUAAAUAUAGUUUCAUGUGGUGGAAUUUUAAAUUACUUUUGUCACAAGACCAUUUCAAGGUCCGGGCCCAUAUGCAAGAACUUUUACCGGGCCCCAUCCGUCUAUUAGCGACCACGGUGCACAUUAUUGGACAUUGGUUGUAUACUUAGGUGCAUUAUUUAAAUGCUGACGUGCGUCAAUCGCACUUAAAUAGUAACAACAGACUAUUGUAAUAAUCUAAACUAGUGAUCUGUCUUUCUGUCUCUAUGUUCUUUGUGUGAAUAAAAAAAUAAGAAAUAAGA